AUGAGCAGAGACGAGCGUCAAGAGGAGCAAGGCGAGAGAUCUCAGCCUCUCCCAGAGCAGAACUCCGCUAGAGUGGAGAUGGUCAAGGGUGACCAGCCGCAAGCAAUCGAAGAGAAUGAAGAUGCAGCAGUAUGCCUCAGUCCUGAUGAGGAGAUGCCCGAGACGUCCUCCGCUCGUGAACAGCAUAGCAAGGAAGAUGAUCCAGAUUCCUCUGCUCAGCGCCCAAGACCUCCGACAAACAACGGUCCAGAAAACGAACUUACAGCACCGUCUGCAGAUGUAAAGAUGGAGGAAAGCAAGGAAACAUCAUGCGCGCAGCAAGAAACUACAGAAAGUUGCGUUGAGGCUGAUGCGUUUCGAUUCGAAGAACCGGACAGCGAUGAUUCGGACUACGGUCGUGACAUGGGAACGCGCAGUUGCUUGGAGAUCAGCCGCGAGACGGAGAUGGAUUUCGAGUGGACCAAGUAUGCGAACGAUAUCAACUGCUUCAACAUUGAGGAUUCUCAAUUCAUGGGAGGCGAUGAGCCGGUGGAGACUGUGCAGUCAGCAGGAAAGGUCUCUGGGCUGAAGCCAAUUGCGAUGGAGAAUCUAGCAGAUGGCCCGAUGUACGAGCCUCGUUCUGGUGUAGCUGACACGGGUGAGGGGAAUCAAGAUGUGCCGGUCAAUGAAACGAGUGAGAUGCCAAGGAAAUCUGAGGCAGGUUUAGCCUUCGCUCGAAAGACUAUUCGCAUUUUGAAGAACAGGUGUACGGUGGAGGUUUUGAAUGAACUGUUGGAUGAAGCACUUGGAAUCGUUGUGGAUCAGAGGCUUACAGCAAGGCUUUUGAAGUGCCAAACAGACCUACAGGACUUGAGGUCAAGGGCCAUGUCUUUUCUUGAGAGUGAGAAGCAAGACUUGCGCGUGCUGAGGAUGGUUUUGAAUGACUUGGAGAGAUUCCCCAUAGUCACCGAAGAAGAGGAAAAGCUCAAGGAGCUCUGGAAAAGUGCGUCUGCAUGGCUCGAAAGGGCUCGAGUGAUUCUGAGCUUUCCUCGCAAGACCAGAAAGUGUCGGCGAAGCUCACAUGAGAGGAAGAGUGGCAUUACAAUGCAGGACCUGGUGAGCUUGAUCAAUGAAGGAAAUGAAAUCAAGGUGUUGAAGUCACGGAGAGAAUGGGAUCAAAUCAAGAGAUGUGUGCUUGAUAUUCACCAAUGGAGUGCUGCUGCACAUGAAACGAUUCAGAGCAAUGAUCCAACUCUUGAUAGAUGCCAGGAGCUCCUGUCAAGGUUGGAAGACCUCGUGGUAGAGCCAGAGAAUGCUGCGGAGUUGAAGAAAACUCUCUGGCGGCUACAAGCACAGAGUGCUGUGGACAAGUCAGUCGAUGUCGAAAGUCUAAGAAAGCUUGCUUACCCUACAGACUUUGGUGUAGAAGAUCCGGCGAUUCAAGAUACCUUGCAGCUGCUUCGUGCCAAGUUAGAAGCAGCUGAAGACUGGAUUGAGAGGGCAAAGAACUCCUGA